AUGGCAGCAAAGUGGUGGUUCAUCGCCUCCCUGCUGCUCUGCCUCGCCGUCGCAUCGGCGGCGGCAAGAUCAAUGCCGCGCAACUGCGACACCGCCGCCUACGCGGCGGUGGCCGCCGGCGCCGCAGGCGACGACGACGACGACAAUGCCAGCGCCGGCGCCGUGGACGAGGCCAAGACCGCGGACGUGUUUGGCGGCCGGACCAGCGGCGGCGGGCUCUUCGGCGGCGUCCACGGCCCGCUGGGCGGGGGCGUCGCUAGGUUCGGCCCGUUCGGCGGGGCCGUCACCGGCGCAGGGCCGUUCGGCGGGUUCGGAGGCGGCGCCGGCCUCGGUGGCGGCGGAGGCGGAGGCGCCGGCGCCGGCGGCGUCCCGUAA